CUCGAACUUCAUGAACCACAACAGAGACGAGACGCGUCCAGGUCUGAUGCGAGCCCAUGUUUUACCAGUAUCGUCUCAUUUAACCAGUUUACUCUCCGCUCGGCUCAGACAUGGCGGGUUUACCACCGGGAGACCCGCAGCUCGUCUCCAUGAUCGUCAGUCAUUUAAAAACCCAGGGGCUCUUCGACCAGUUCAGGAGGGAAUGUCUGGCAGACGUCGAUACGAAGCCUGCUUACUUGAACCUGAAACAAAGAGUGGACAACUUUGUCUCCAAUCACCUCUCUAACCACACAUGGAGCCCACAUCUGAACAAGAACCAGCUGAGAAACAACAUCAGGCAGCUUGUGCUCCAAUCUGGGAUGCUGGAGCAGGGGGUGGACAGGAUCGUGGCCCAGGUGGUGGAUCCCAAAAUCAACCACAUUUUCAGGCCACAAGUGGAGAGGGUGGUUCGUGAAUUUCUGUCGCCGGGCAGCUGCUCUGAAGAGCCACUGCCCCCGCCACCUUUACCAGAGACCAAACCAGACAGCAGCAUUCCUGAGCAGGCCUCGUCGUCUGCUCCAACGACCACUGCAGCCAGUGACGCCAUGUCCAUCCUGGACACAAUCACUUCCCUCAAUCAGGAAGCGAGUGUCAGGGCCAGCUCAGGCACCGAGAAAGGACGUAGAGGCCAAGCUUCAGACGAGACCAUGCAGCUGGUGGAGGACGGCGAGCAGGACAUGAUCAUCGUGGAGGAGGGAGACAGCCUCCAUGAAGAUGGAACCUGGGAAGAGUCAGAGGAAAUGAAGGUGGCAUCUGAGAUCCAGGUGCUGGAAGUGAAGAUGGAGGACACUCAGGACCAGAUGGAUCUGGGAAAAGAGGGGUUAAUAGAAGAGGUGAAGAUGGAGGAUGAGGAGGCUGGAGCUCAGGAGCAGACCGAAGAGGAGAAAGAAAAUGCAAUCAACCGAAUCACGGGCAAACAUUCAGAAGAAAAGCAGGACGACGAAUUCCAGAAAUCUACAUGUCAGGCGAAGCAGAAAGCCAAAGAGAGGAUCAAGGAAGAAUACUCUCUGGAGGACUCCGACCUGGAUGGCCUGAGUGACAUCACAGUGAGCUCUGUCCACACCAGCGACCUGUCGUCAUUCGAGGAGGAAAGUGAGGAUGAGGAGCUGCUGUCGGACUCGUCUAAAGAAGGGGAACUUUCGUCUGAUGAUCAAGAUGAGAGAGCAGGAGAGAAAGAUGCCGCCGGAGAAGAGGAGCGCAAGCCUCGCAGAAAGGCCUACGUCCACAAGCCCUUCCUCUACUCCCGUUACUAUAGUGACUCGGACGAUGAAAUCACUGUGGAGGAACGUCGGAGAUCUGCAGCAAAAGACAAAGAGGACCGGCUGCUCAAGAGACAACAGAACAGAGAGCGAAUGGAAGAGAAGCGUAAACAGAAAGCAGCACAGGCUGAAGAACAAGAUCAGAGAAAACAAAAGGGUGGGGACUCUGCUGGGGCGGACCGGCCCGGGGCCAAAGAGGCUCGCAAAGAAAGGAAAGUUCUGGAGAAAAAGAUGGCUCUCAACAGGAAGAGGAAACUAGACUCAAGGAAAGAGGGAGAUGUAACUAGCAGGAAGAAAGGAGACACAGGAGGAGAGGGAUCCAGGAAAAUGGAAGGGAAAUCUUCUACGUCAAAGACACCACAACCAAAAUUGAUAAGAAAUCUCUCAGAAUCUGCGUCAUCUGACGAGAGACACAGAAGGACGAGCGGCAGCGUCUCAGAAGAUUCCAGUGAAACCAAAAAGUUCUCUGACAAAAGCCGGACACACUCCUUCAUCCUGGAUUUGGAGCAAGGUUCCCAAGAGGCUCUUAAACAACGUCCACUCGGAAAAUUCGAUCGUCCGUCCCGUAAAGAACCUCACUCCAAGGAACGCAAAGAGAAAGAGCGCAGCUUCUCAGAUGAAUGUGCCAAACUCAAACAAAAGCAUGAGAAGAAAUCUGAACACCAGGCGGAUGAAUCUCAGCACAAGGAAGGUGUGAAAGGGCCCUCUGAAGAGAAAGGUGAGAGGAAGCCAAAGAUUAAAAGUGAGAAGAAAAUGACAGGAAAGGCGUCUGAAGGUGUCGCUGACGAGGGUCCAAAGAAGGUGAAAGCUCCAUCCACUGAGGCUGUCAAAGCAGAGAAGGACAAACAAAAGGACAAAAUUAGGGAAAAAGAUAAAAGCAAGGAAAGGGAAAGGACUAAAGGAGAGAAAACUUCAGUUAAAAGUGAUUUCAAGCAGCUGCUCCGCCCCGACUCUGCUGGUUCCUCCGAGGAUCGGUCUGACAUGGAGCCUGGGUCAGACGGCAGCAAGAAGAAGGAUAAACACCCCAAGGAAGGCCUGAAAAGGUCAAAGAGCCACACGGAGGACAGGCCAGCAGAAAAACUCAAACCGGCAACAGAUAAUAAAGACGGCGAGAAGGAGAAGACUAAACCAGAUCAAGACAACCAGAAGAAGUCCAGCUCUGAAACAGAGAAAGAUCCCAAAAAAGUCAAGACAACAGAUAAAGUAAGAAUCCUGGAAAAAUCUAAAUCAAAAUCCAGAGAGGAAACUAAGACUCCAUUGUUAUUAAAGACCGAUAAAAAAGUUCUGAGCUCAGAAGUCAAAAGUGCAGGAGGUGCAUCUGUCAGCAAACCUGAGGCAACGAAGGAGAAGAAAAAAGAGGCGAACUUAAAGGAACAGAAGAAAGCGUCUGAAGAUCCUUCACACGAGAAAUCAGAAGUUAAGACUGCAAAGAAAAAACUAGAGAAGAAGGACAAAGUCCCAGAAAAGAAAGAUGAGGGUCAAGAAGAGAAGAAAACACCGAAAGAAGACAAACUGGAAAAGUCCGAUAAACCUUCAAAGUCCUCCACUUCCUCAGUGAGUGUUGAGGCAGAAGAGCCGCAGAAGAAACAAACUCUUACACAAGACACGAGCACAGACUCUGAGCCCGUCACCACCGUCACCACCUCGUUCUCAGACGACACCUGCGACGCCUUAAGUGACAUCACCCCCGAGCCAACCGAGGGAGAAACGGAGUCGGGACUGGGCGACGUGCCCACUGUGCCGGCCGAGGCCGACGCUCUGCUGGCUCUCAUGGACGUCUGCACCUCAGCAGAGGCGAGACUUCCAGCUGAGAACAUUCAAGAGGAAGUGACCACUGAGAUAACGCUUCAGGAUGCCGACAUGAAAAUGAAAGAGGCAGCUCUGACUCUGCUGUCCAUGGAUCCUGCGAGCAAAGUGGCCAAAAGGUUAGUAAUUCAAGAUACGAAGGAAGAAGCAGAAGUGGAACCGACAGCCCCACAACCCAUGGAGACAACUGUGGCUGAAGAGGAAGAGCAGCGUCCUCCAGCAGACGAGCAAACAGCUGCUGUGACUGAGAUCACAGCCACUGAGACGUCACCAACUCCAUCUCAAGAAACUGCUGAGAUUGUUGAUGAUAAACCAAAACGUGCAGAUGAGUCUGAGGGAGAAAUGGAUGCGUCAAAGGUUGAAAGUUCUGAGAGUCUUUCUCCAAAGGAGGACGACACCACCUCCAAUGAACCUCAGGCUUCUUCGAAAAAUGAAGAAGUCAACGUGGCAGAAAUUACUCCUGAAGCGCAGCUAGAUGAGAAGAUGGCGUCACCAGCAGCGCACAAAGAAGACAGUUCAGCUGCUGAUGCUGUUGCGUCUGAGACAGAAGAGGUCACAGGAAUCGCAGAGGGAAACGCAGAGGCGGCUGUUUGUGAUCCCGCAGAACAAGUCUCCGACAUAUCCAGUAAACCAGAUCAAUGUGAUCCAGAUCCUUCAGACACAAAGACGAGCCCAGAGGCGAAGGAGGAGGUCGCUGAGGAGAGCCAGGCCAAGAUGGAAACGGACAACAUUCAACCUGAGAGUCAGAAGCAGGAGGAAGAAAAUGUUGCAGAUGAGAAGAAUGAAACUAUGGAAACUGAUGUUCCAGAGAAGACGGAGGAGGUCACAGAAAGUGAACCUGGGCCUCAGUCCCAACUCGUCAAACAGAUCAGCAGCAUCUCCAGCACAGACAGCCAGGACGAUGAGAAUGGAUCAACCCUGUCAGAGAAGGAGGAGAAGACGGAGGGAAGAGGAAGACGUAAAAGAAAACUGUCCAGUCAGAAAGAUGCAGCCGUAAAAGAUUCUGGUGAUGAAACAGAUGAGAAGCAAAGUAAGAAGCAACCGUCUGUUGAGGAAACGGAGCAGGAGACGGUUGUAGAGGUCAAAACACCUCGCAGGGGACGAUCGUCCAGAUCAACAGAGGAGAUGGAGAAGGACCGACCUAAAGAACCUGAAAAGUCUGAGGAGGCUCCGAGUCGCAGGGGGAGACGUUCAGGAGCCGCAUCCAAAGAAACCACUGCCGAUAAUCAGAAGAAAGAUGACGGUAAAGACGAGGAGGACGCUGAUAAAACCACUUCAGACGAACCUGCAGAGAAGACAACUGAAGAUGAAAGUGCACCAAAGGAAAGUGAUGAACAGGGAAGUCCGGUCCAUCUGCCAGCUCCUGUUCCAGACGACUGUGAAGACGCAGGGAACUCAGGCUCCAAAGAGACGACUGAAAUGCGUAAACCAGCAGUGAAGAGAAAGAGGUCAGAAGAACUGGAUGAAUCUGUGGAGGAAACCCAGGAAAACAAGAUGGAGGAGGAGGAGGAGGAAAACAAUCAACAGGAGCAAAGUGAGCAAGAGUCAGAAAAAGACAGUGGUGCUUCUUCAGUGAGUCGGUCAGAGGAACAGGAGGAGGUCAAAGAGGAGAGCAGCAGCAGUGAGAGGAAACCUGAUGAUGUUGAGGAGGAGCAACAGCAGGAGGACCAGGACAUGACUCCAAAGAGGAGUGUCCGGAGAGGGCGGCCCUCGAAGGCAGCCGGAGCAGCCACAGACGAUUCAGAAAAAAAGGCAGAAGACAAAGAAGGUGAGCAGAAUGAUGAAGAGGAGGAGGAGGACGGUGAGGAAGGGAAAGGAACUGCAACCAGAGCGACCACACGGUUAGCGUCUCGUCUGGAGGCUGAAAGAAACAAGCCAAGUAAACCAUCCACCCGGGCAAGUCGACAGAGCGGCAAAGAGGAGACCGCAGCUGGCACACGCGGAUCGAGGGGCCAGGCCGCGGUGGCUAAGGGGGGCCGUAAACGGGAGGCCAGCCCCCCUGCGGUGCGAACCCGGGGAGGGCAGAAAUCAGAGGAGCCCCCUUCCAAGAGAGCCAAACGCUGAGCCCUCUGACAGCCGUGGACCCGUUUGCCCCUGCAGUGUUUUUGCUGCGCUCCAUAUUCAAGUCAGUUUUGGUGUUGGGGGGGUCAGAGGGGCCUCCUCAGCGCGUUAGCACGUAAAACUGUUUCUGCUUCAUUGACUGUAGAUGUUUAAAAAGCUCUGGAUAGUAUUAUACACUCUGCUCUGAUGGCUGGGUGUAAACCUGAGGAUCUUUGGAGAAAUCCCCCAGAAUACUUUCUACCGCACUAUGCCCAUGUGGUUCGGAUCAGACUUCAUCAUUCCUGCGUUUAUUCAGUAAUGCCCAGUGAACCAGAGUAUUUCAGGCCAAUCAGACGCUUAAUGUGCCGCCGCGCUGUGAGAUAAAGAGGAUUAAUUGAAAUUGGCCGUCAGUCGGACAGAGACCUCCACAGUUAUUCAUGUUGUUUGUGAUUCGUUGUGCUGUAGAGGUAGAAAUCACUGAGGCAUCGAGCAUCCCUGGUGAAUUUUAUUGUUUUCUAUUCAUUCUGUGAAUGAAAGGAGAUGUUUCUCCCUCUUUUUUAAGGUUUUAUUUUUAUACGUAAUACUCUGCUUGUAUCUCUAUGUUGAAAUAACAUUUGUAUCAGUCACUGAAAGGAAAACAGAUGGCAGAACAUGUUUCUAUGAACUCAGUUUUCUUCACAACAUAUUUUCUACACUCAUUGCAGAUAAAGUACUGUCUCUCAUGUAGGUAGUUUACAUUUUUGUAUGGUUUUGGAGUUCAGUGUAUGUCAGUAUAAUGAUAUCUCACCCGUCUGUUAAUGUUAACACAUUUUUUUCAUUAAUGUAAAAAAUGCUGAAUAUUGAUUUCUUUUUUUAUUCUUUGAAACAAAUAUAAAACACUUUAGGUUCUUA